AUGUUUAAGUUGCUCCGAGAAUCGACGAAGGGACCGCCGUCGGACGAUGGCCGGACCCGGCCCCAUUUCGCCGCCGCCGCCGCCGCCGCCCUCCUCCUCCUCCUCGCCGCCGUCUCCGGCGCUUCUCACUGCUCGUCGUCGCCUCAAGAUUUAUCACUAGUGAAGAACAUCAGUGAGCUACCACAAGAUAACUAUGGAAGAGGAGGUUUAUCUCACAUAACUGUUGCAGGUUCGUUCAUGCAUGGGAUGAAAGAGGUUGAGGUGUGGCUACAAACCUUUUCUCCAGGGACUCGCACACCAAUACAUCGGCAUUCUUGUGAAGAAAUUUUUGUUGUCCUCAAAGGGAGUGGUACUCUUUAUCUUGCUUCAGAUACUCAUGGAAAGUACCCUGGAACACCUCAAGAGUUCUCUAUAUUUUCAAACAGCACAUUUCACAUUCCAGUUAAUGAUGUUCACCAGGUAUGGAAUACAAACAAACAUGAGGAUUUGCAAGUUCUUGUCAUCAUAUCUCGUCCACCAGUGAAAGUGUUCACAUAUGAAGACUGGUUCAUGCCUCAUACUGCUGCAAAACUGAAGUAUCCUUACUACUGGGAUGAGGAAUGUUUCAAGCUUCUAGGAAGGAUGAGCUUUGAUGUCCUUGCAGCCACUUUCUGACUGAUAAUGUCCCGUGGGGUGUUUAGGGGACAUAAAUGAGGGAUGGAGGGAACUUGGAAAUGCAUUGUGUCCUGUCUGAUAACAAAACUUAGCCAGACUUGUAAAUUUAAUUUUUGCAACUCUACCCUGAUGUUCGAUCAGUCAGUUUGAUGUAUAUGAUUAUAUAGAGGAACCAUCUUUUGGUUCACCUUCAUCUACAGUCUGGAGACAGUUAUACAUUUUUAUUGCAUCUGAAGUGCGCAAAGCAAAACAUUCAGAUAUUUUU